UGGUGUGAAUAGCAUGAAGUCCAUUAUGAUGUAUUUCAUCCAGGAUGUGAGAUUUACUUCUUCCAUUCUACUUCAAAUUUUUCUGCUACGCUUUGUAUGUCUAGGAGAAAAAAGAAGCUAGGCUUCCAUUAUGACAAAUUGAAGUCUAACUCAGUAAAUAUGCCACAGGGAUCCAGAUUCCCAGUGUCAUAACUGGUAUUUCGUGUGUAGGUAUAUAACAUGCUGAAGUAGAAUCACAGAUGUUGGCCAUUUAGACUUUGUGCUGCUUAAAGUGUAACAGCCUUCUUACAAUACCAGGUACUUUCAGUUGGCAGAGGUGUUUGCUGUCACAGUUUUUACAGGUUAUGUUUCAGUAUUGGCUGCACUAAUAAGCUUUAAUGAUCCCUGACCAGCUUCACCUGGGGCCUCCAACCACACCCCUUGCCAUGGGCCCAGGAGCCUCAUCUCAGAUCAGCCCUGGACCUUUGGUCCUUUUCUGAUCUAACUCUCAGAGCUCAGUAAGGGCCAGCUACUUCCUGAGGGGUCAAUAUGAUAGUUAACUGGGAGGGCAAGACCCUCACCAGCACCACAGGCACAGAGAUUGUGGCUAGUGGGUUUCACAGUUCUAUCUAAAAAGGAAAGGAACGAUGAAACUCAGAACUUGGAAUGGUACUUCAGGCUCUGGAGGGCAGUGUGCUCUAAUAAUUUAAGAUUUUCUUGUCCUUUGAAAUAGUGACCUUACCUGUUAUGCUAUAGUCUAAUUGUGGUUGUCUCUCUCUACUUCUGACCCACUGUUCUAGAUCCUUUCUCUUUUCUUUGACAGCCCUGUUGUGUGAGCAAAUGCGUAGUACCACAGGGUACGCCAAACUUGCUGCAAUGCCAGUUACUUUGUGGUAUUUUUAGAUGUAGGUCACUGGGUAAAAAAACAGGUGAAAAAAGGAAGCUAUCCUUUUUAUUAGGUGUUCCAAGGCUUCCAUGACUGAUGAAUCUGGUUGGUUCCAGUUUCCACAUUAAAAAUAUAAGCACAGCAUAUUUCAUUCAUAAUUGGGCCAUUAUUACAUAGUAGUAAUUAGAAGUUCUGUUCACCACAUUCCUCAAGAACUUGUGUGUAUGUAAGUCAGCUAUAAAAUUGUAUAUGCUUUUUUGAAUAGUAACACUUUUCAAUGAGGAAAUCAGUGGUGAUAGUGGUGAGUUUUGAAUUGGACUCUCAAAUCCUGUUUGCUUUAUGAGGUGGAAAUAAAUUAAAAUUAUAAAGUAGUUCUAUGUAUUUUAUAUAUUGAGAGAGAGAGAAUUAUACAUAUGUAAUUACUCAAGAUGUACAAGUGGCAGAACCACUUUAUACUUGUUCUUUUUCUUACUUGCAAUCCCCAAACAAGCUUUAUUGGAAGUCAGAUAGUGGAUUGGUUGAGCAGAAUAGCUCACUUGUUUCAGCCAUUUAAAGAUAAUUGGCUUGGUGGCAGUGAUUUUAUUGCACCUUUUCCUAUAUGCCAGUCCUGAUGAUGUUGACUUAGAAGCUCUUUUAAAUAUUUACUGAGAUUGACUGAUCAGCUAUCAGAGAACUUUUCUGAAUCACUGUUACAGACUAAAUAUGUGACAGGACAAAGUACUUUUGUGUUAACGAAGUAAUGGAAAAUGCUUUGGUACCAUAGAAAUAGUAUAAGAAUGCAAAAGUUAAUUAUAUUGCAUGCAGAUUUUGUUCCAAGUUUGUUUCUUUUAUUUGUGACAGAGGGAGAAAGGCUUUAAAAAAAGCAUUGUACAAGGGGAAAGUAAUUUGAUUUUUGGUUCCCCUACUCAUGCUUCUAAAACAAGAGGAUUUAAUUCCAAGUCAAGCCCAUCAGAAGCCCUGUUAGAUUCCUCAUUGAUUGAGAGCAGUAAGUACUCCUUCAAUAUUAUGUUAUUUAAAAAAAGAGAGACCCAAAUUUUUGAAGAAUGUGAUGAACAGAACAUCCAAUUUUUGUCGUGUAAUAAUGGCCUAACGUACUAUCAACGUAAGAGAAAAAGCAUGCUCUCCUAUAAUAGUAGUCUAUGUGCUAUGAUUUUCCAGAAUUGAAGGUUGAGCAGACUAAAGUUUGUACAACAAAGGUCUCUCAACUCUAUUAUGCAUACCACAGUGACCUGAGUUAGAAGGACUGCAAAGGAUUAUGAAGACUUCAGAAGCUAUGUAGUCUGCAUAUUCAACAAGCGGGAGAUACAAAAAAUGGAAGGCUUAUAUAGUCUUUUAUCCAUAUAUGACUUGUUCUCUACAAGAAAAAGGUAAAUUAAUUAAUGCAUCUUAGCAGUAACGCUAUAAACCUGUGUAGUUAUUCAUAGAUUUAUAAAGACAGUAGUGUCCAGACCACCUUCUCUCAUAAUUUAAAACUAAUGAACAAUAAUAAUUUAAGCAGAAGUAUAUGUGUUUUCUAUUUAGAUGUUUAAUUUGUAUUUUAAACUGUCGUUUCCAUAUACUGCCCCAAGUUCACAACAUUCUGUAAUGUACUUAAGCAUUCUAUGUGGUUCUUGCAAACCCCACAUUUGUAUAUUACACACCUAAAUUAUGUUUUGUGACUACGUCCUUCCUUUGCGAUCUUAUUUAUACACAAUUCUUAGAUCAAUUAGAAGAGAAAAAGAUCUGUAAUUCUCAUUGAAAAGCUCUGGCGUUAUCUGCUGAAAUUCUGUUAUUGAAACCAAGUGGGUUUUUUUGACUGGUGGAACUAAGGAACUUGAGUCAUCUAUGAAUUUAUAUUCUGUGGUGCAUUUUCUAGUGCAUGAGAUCUGAUUGAAGCUUUCCCAAUGUUUGAAUUAUUGACUUAAAAGUCUUGUCUGGCCUCAAAAUAAUUUACCAGUGAUGAACUCUGUUCUUCUAACACAUCAUCUUAUCAUGAAACCUCAAGUUUUUUCCCUCUAAUCCCCCCAAUAACAUAAAAAGUCUGUUUGAAAAUAUCUCAAUUUUUUUUUUUCCAGGCGUCCCUGAAGAUCUGUGCUCUUCUGCUCUGCCUGUGCCUACGUGUCUCAAAUCUCUUAAGUCUGCUAUGUCCUCUGCUGUUCAGGAGAAAAAACACAAAUGUUACUGUUUGUCUAGUAGAGCAAUAACAUAGGUAACAUUGUACGUACUUUUAAAACCUUUUGCAUUUUUCCUAAUUGGUUUCUAUUUUCACUCAAUUUUGUUCCUUUGCAGAGGAGAGGCAAGGUGCUAAGAAAUGGCUUUAGGCCUUUGUGUUCUCUUUAUUGUCCUAGUAAGCUUGGCAAUUUUAUCAAAAUUUUACAUAUCAUUAAGUUUCUACGCUUUUUCUCAAAUUGCUGCCGAUGUAGAGAAGCUACUAUAGCCAUAUUAACUGAAUUAAAUUCAAAUGUGACUACAUGUCUUAUCAGAUACCAGACAACUGACAGGAGCAUGUGCUUAUACUCUAUUCAUAGAAAAUUUUCCAGUCACUGGCAGCAGCAUUUUGGACACUAAUGCCUAUGAAUGAAGAAACAAGGUCAUUCCUGUGUGCAAGGCUCUAUUUCUUACAUUUUCUUAGUAUUGUUCUACCUUUCUAAAGUUCUCUUCCCUGCUUAGCAUUUCCCAGAAACUGUGACCAUCUUCAUUUUCCUUCCUGGCCUUUCCCUUCUCUUAUGCUGUUUCCCAGUCAGUCUCCAUUCCUCUUACUCUGGAGGGUUCUUUCUGGCUCCAGAGAUUUAAAGUCUCUCUUUUUCUCUCAGCAGUUUAAGUGUUUGGAUUCUCUGUCCCAAGGUCUUCUCUUCUUACAUCUUCUUACUUCACCUCCCCACUGCUUGCAGGCAUUCUUCUUCUGCUUUGUUCUUUUUCCUCUUGGAGUGUUUAUUCCUAAGUGCUUUAUCUUUUAUUGGCCGCACUGAGGAUUUUCCUUUUUCCUUUUUUCCUUUCCUUAGCUGACACCGGAUAAUCAUGUUUCCCAAUUGGCAUAGUUCUGAGGAAGCUCUUUUUCAAAUCCAUCUAGCAAAGUGGAAUCUUAUUCCCUGAGAAGGAUGGAAAGGCUACCAGGAGGUGAGAUGGGAAAGCUGCCUUACCUACAUGGGGCAGGGUGGAAGCAGCAGCUUCAUGUCCUCUCUGGCUGGCUGCAAGCCACUGUGAGCUGAAGUCUGGUGCUUGACCUGCUCCAUGGGGUCUGUUGUACUGGCUGCAGUGACACAUCAAAGUGAUGUGGAGCAGCUCUUGGCUACUCUUACCUGUUCCGUUUUCCCUUUCCUCUUUUCCACCUCUGACUUCACCUACUUUGCUUUCUCCUUCUGCUUUCUCUUCUAGGCUCGUUUAAACAUGUCCACUAAACAUUUUCUUCUUUAAAAAAUCCUAUCUUAAUAGCUUGUCUUUGUGUGCCCUUUUUUCUGCCAUUUCUGUCCAUUUAUUUGUUUAUACUUGUAGAAGCUUGGUCUCUUUGAAGAGAGGGAACUGCUUGCAAAUGAGGAAAAAGUGCCCAGCAAUAUUGUCAAGUUUUCUUCUGGCACCUUUCCGAUGCCUUUUGUGUCACUGAGAGGCACUGAGCAGCCUCUUUGGGUAAGGAGGGUGGACCAAAUACUGGAUGUCAUUCCUGAGCUCAGCUGAGCUCAAGUGUGUGUCUCAGCUUUCAGCAGAGCAGCAAACAUUGAACAUCCUUUUAUUGGUCUUAGACCAUCCAGACUUGGAGAGGACUGACAAAAUAACAGAGCUUAUGAAAGGUGACAACAUCAUCUUCUCUGGUGACCUCUGCAACCCUUUGGCAGCCCAGGAAGGUGAUACGACUUUAUCUGCAGACACUCUUUGUAACAGAUGCCCAGCAACGUCUGUGCUCCUGCCUGUAUGGCUGGCUCACCAUCUCCUGUGGGGAAUUAGUAGCAUCCAGCCUCUGGCAUCUUCUCCUGGCAGAAGCCCAACCAUUUGAAGACAAGGGGAGGGGAAAAAAAAAAAACCCACCCAGUCAGGAUGUUUGCACGUGUUGUUCUCUACCUCCUCGCCUGGGUGUUUUGCUGAAGGACUGGGACAUCUGCACGGAGGGAGAGCAUCGGUGGCCAAAGCUCGCCCUGUUUGGGGCUGAAGUUCCUGCAGCGCUAUGGGGCUGUGAGUACGUGCAGCAGCCGCGGGGCAGCAGCAGGACAGGACUGCGCUGCCUGGAGCGUACGCAGCCAGCCUGGAUUAAAAUUCAAGUCUAAUGGCCUCUGGCAUAAACAAGAUUUAUCAGCCCGAGACUUGCAAUGGAUGUAAAGCCGCUUGCAGCAGCUCGGCAGAGGAGUACAAUCGGGAAAUACACGUGAAAAUGUGCAAGAAAAUUGCCCAGCUCACCAAGGUGAUAUAUUCCCUGAACACUAGGAAUGAUGAACAUGAGGCCAGUAUACAGGCUCUGAGAGAGGCUCAUGAAGAAGAAAUCCAGCACAUUCUUGCUGAGACAAGGGAAACGAUUCUCCAGUGUAAAAGCAAAGUUGAAGAAGAACAAUCGCUGAGAAAACGUAUUCAGGCCCUUGAAAUUGCAGUAGAACAACACAAGAGACUAAAGGAAGAAGCCCUGGCAGAGUUAACAUUGUGCAAGAAGCAGAUGGAGGAGAGGGAGCCAAGAACAGAAGCAAAACAAGGACAAACGGUCAUUUCUACAGACACAUUAGAUAGCAAUGCAGACUUUGAAAAUGAGCUUCUACGUUUAAAUCAGGAGUCUGAUGGACUGCUAAAUGAAUGCAAAGCAUCUAGGAGAGAAAACCUAGUUACAAACAUAAUUUUAGAGGAAAAAUGCAGUGUGGAAGGACAAACUCUAAUAAAUGUGAUGGAAAAUCUGAAGAGUGAGAACCAGAGAGCAACUGAGGAAUAUACUCAAAAGACAAUCAAACUGCAAGCCUGUUAUGAGAGAGAAAAAGAGACAUUGAAGAAGGCUAUGAAGCAGUCUAUGACAGAAACAAAGAAGAAUUGUCAGCAAAGAGAAAUGGAGCAAAGAAAGACCUCAGAGGCUGAGGAAGGCUUUUUGUUGCAGCAAGUGAAGAAGCUGGAGGCAGACCUAGAGGAGAAAACCCGGAAGAUAAAUGAGAGGAAGAAGCACUCUCAGAAGCUGAAGGAGAGAAUACAGGAGCUCCAGACACAGCUAGAGGAAUUUAAAAGACAAUCUGAGCGUGAACUAAAGCAACUGGAGAAAGAGAAAGAAGUCCUAACUGGGAAACUUCAAAACUCUUCACUUGAGGUGGCUCAGCUGAAGCAAAUAUUAGACCAGCAAGCAAAUAAUUUCAAGGAGUCACUGAAGAAACAUAAUCUACAGUCCGACAAAGAAAAAGAGAAGCUUUUGCAGGAUCUUCAAAACGCCAUUACAGAAAACCAGAAUGUUAAAGUGCAGCUGGAGGCAUCACAUCAAAAAGUCUUAAAAAUGUUGGAGAAAAGCAAAAAUCAGGAACUCAAGGAGGCAGAGGAACGUUUGAAAAAGGAAUUUAAUGAGACUUUCAAGAUCCAACGUCAGUCUCAUAGGCUGGAAAUACAGACCUUGGAAGAGAAAGCAAAGAAAGAAUUGCAUGACGAACUCAAGCAGAUACAGAAGCAGCAAACUGUUUUGCUAGGAUCUCUAAGGAUGGAACUCUCUGAGCAACAGACAUUAUGUACUAAUCUCAAGAAACAAAUAGAAGAACUUCAAAUGGAGCUGGGGAGUGUGAGGACACUGAAGAAGCAACAGGAAGGAAGUAGCCAGAGCCAGAUCAGAUCUCUUCAUGAUGAACUGGAAAAAAGUCAGAGUGAAAUUUCCGAACUAAAGAAAGAGAAUUUACUUUUGAAGGAUACAAUGGAGCUACUCAGUGCUGAGUUGGAGUCGCAGAAGCAAGAAGCUGCACAGCUUCAGGAUAGGGAGAAACAGCACAGAAGCAGCACUCAGGCACAUCUCCAAGCAAAGAUUUUCUCCUUAGAAACUGAACUUAAAGAAUUAGAAGAAAAGUCAAGAAAGGAGUCCAGAUCAGAAGAUACACACCUAAUAAGCUGUCUGCAAGACAAAUUAAGCGAGAGAGAAGAUAUUAUCAAGCAGCUGGUGGAAGAAAGAAAAUUUCAGCACUCACUUUUAACGAACACUGAAUCCUACAGGAAUCGAUCGUUUUCUUUCAACCCUAAUACAGGAUGCUUGACUCCUUCCAUGAAGCAGAAGAAAACGGUUGAAGUGCCCAGUCGUGUUGUCAGUGUUCCGAAUUUAGCUUCCUACGCAAAGAGCUUUUUGAGCUGUGACUUGAGAUCAAAAAGAAGUACUCCUCAAAUAACAAAAUCUACAAGCUUAGACCGGAGUCCUUGCUGCCUCAGAGUGGGCUCUCCAUCGGGACAGUCCUCAGACAGCAGUGCUGCCACAAGGGUGCACGGCAAUGAACCACCGCAAACCAAAGAUGACCAAAACCAAGACCCUCAGCAUCAAGAAUGGUUUACUAAAUAUUUUUCAUUUUAAAGCAAACUAUUUCUGUACUUCUCAGAAUUAUUAAAAAAACCCUCUUCCUGUUUUCUUUGAGGGAGUUAUAAUCCAAUAUAUGAUUUAGGACAAAAAAAAAAAAAAAAAAAAAAAAAAGUAAUUUCCAAGUAAAUAAUUAGGAACAACUGCACUCUCCUACGUCUAAUUACUAUGGAGUUAAAGGCAUGGAUUUCAGAAAAAAUGUGCUUUUUAAACAACUUCUGUAAAAAAAGAAGAAAAAGCAAAAUUCUGAAUACUGAAACUUCUGUAAAAAAAGAAGAAAAAGCAAACUUCUGACUACUGCGAAAAUACUUUUUAAUCAAGAGACUGCAUUACUCUACAAUUACAUUAAAUAUGCAGUUUGAGCUCUGAUACAUCCUGUCAAUCUGGCUCAGCUGAAAAAAAAGACUUCUGUAGGUGAUUUCUGUAGUUUUAUACGUUUACUUCAUCAGUUGUUUAAAAUAAUUUCUGCAUAUAAUAAUAUAAUAUUUUAAGGUUUUAAUAGGUUUUUGUUAAACUUACUAUCAACUGUAAAGCAUGUGGUACACCUGCAAGAACAGCAUGUUUAUAGCAAGCUGGUUUAAAAAUACUUUCUGGUUUGCUUAAUAAACUGUUUUGUACAGUUAGCGUUGCAAUCUAUUCCUGUUGUGCUUCAAUAUACGUAACAAUCAGCCUGAUAAAUUAGGAUAAUAUAUAAACACAAACAUUAAAACUUGCUUGUAAAUAAUCCACUUGCAAAGUAGUUGUACAUUACACUGAAGUGAGUCAGACUGAUACACCGAGUUCCAGGUUUUUGGGAACUGCAUACUUCUACAUUUUCUCUCAGUAUUGUUCUUGUGCCCAUCAAAAUACCAUGUGGGCAAACGACUGCGUUUAUCAGAUCUCACUAACUCAUUACUGGGAGGAAAGACACCCGCGAAGAAAUUAACCCUCGGGUAAUUCAUCAACUGCUGUGAAAAGCAGGGAAUUGUGCAACAGCAGCCCAGUGCUCAAGAUCAGAUAGCUCAGCUUCAGCUGCUGCGCAGUUUGAAUCCCCAUCCUGUUUCCACCAGCAGGGCCCGCCUAGGUAACAAAUUUUACUUGUGAAGGGGCACACCUCCAGCCUAACCCCUUCUUGCAUCAAGCAGCCAGCAAGAACUGUAGCAGCAGACACAAGCGCUCACUACAGAACAGCCACUGCACCCCACCCGUGGCAAAAGGGGCAGGAUGCUUCCACAGGCCACUACUCUCAUCCCAGCUGUUUAGUAUUUUUAACAAGGUUAACUUGAUUGGUUUGGGAGGAGACUUUGGCAAAAACGUUUGGCAAAAAGACACUUCUUAUACAUGCAACCAAGGAGAUAAAAGAAGGUGCACAGUAAUUAAGAGUGCUUUGGUGCCUGUGAGAAGAGUGGAAAUGUACAGGGCUGUUUUCCUUUAAGAGUUUUCAUCCACUCUGCCCCAAAACCUUUUAAAGCACCCUAAGAAGUUCAAUACACAAUUACUAAUUCUAAUUUCCAGGGUUACAAUAUUCUAAUUAAUUAACUCUGUCCUCAAAAUGGUGUCCCUAGAAAGUGUCUUUUUUAUAUGGAUGUUGUUGCAUAGUAAUACACAAACAGGACCGCUUUGCUAUUUUUACUUCAAAAUUCUUUUUAUGGCUACAUUUACAUUACUAAAUAGUGCAGCCCAGUAGAAGCUACUUCUGCAGACUGGACAGUACUGAAAACCCAGCAUCCACAAUGAGUGUUUGUUUGGGGAUAGGUACUUUGGACCAUCUCUCUGUU